AUGGACCAGAGGGAGAUCCUGCUCCAGAACCUGGAAAGGGCCCAGGGCAAGAAGCUCAACAAAGGAGAGUUUGCAGAGGAGUUUUUGAAGCUGAAGAGACAGUCAACAAAGUACAGGUCGGAUAAAAUCUACCCCACAGCAGCGUCUGAACAGCCAGAGAAUGUCAAGAAGAACAGAUACAAGGACAUCUUACCUUUUGACCACAGCAGAGUGGAGCUGUCCCUGAUUACGUCAGACACAGAUUCUCAUUACAUCAAUGCCAACUUCAUCAAGGGUGUCUAUGGGCCAAGAGCAUACAUUGCAACCCAGGGUCCUCUCCCCACUACUGUCACUGACUUUUGGAGGAUGAUUUGGGAGUAUGAAGUCCUGGUCGUGGUCAUGGCUUGUAUGGAGUUUGAAAUGGGGAAGAAGAAAUGUGAGCGGUACUGGGCGGAGGUGGACGGGUCCCCCCUGCAAUGUGGCCCUUUCUCCAUCACCUGUGAGGCUGAGGAGAGGAGGAAUGAGUAUGUGAUUAGAACUUUAAAGGUGACCCUGAAUGAGGCAGCCCGCACCAUCUUCCACUUCCACUACAAGAACUGGCCAGACCACCACGUGCCCUCGUCCAUCGAGCCCAUCCUGGAGCUCGUCAGGGACAUUCGCUGCCACCAGCCCGAUGACAGGGUCCCUGUCUGCAUCCACUGCAGUGCUGGCUGCGGCAGAACCGGCGUCAUCUGCGCCAUCGACUACACCCAGAAGCUGCUGAAGGAUGGGAUUGUUCCAGUGAACUUCAGCGUUUUCAACCUGAUCCAGGAGAUGCGCACACAGAGACCCUGCAUAGUGCAGACCAAGGAGCAGUAUGAGCUGGUUUACGAUGCCGUGAUCGAGCUCUUCAGAAGGCAGAUUCAAGCACUCGAUGCCCAGAAAGAUUCUGCUGCUUCACAGGAAGGAGCAGGGCAUCCUGUAGCCAAGCCAGUCCUGACUCCAGUGGAAGACAUUUAUGGCCUGAGUUCCCUCACCUGCUCAGAGCCAGAGGAGCAGACCCCAGACCAACACCUCCCUCCACAGCAGGAUGGGCACCGACAUCUCCCUCCGGUGGCACAGAGCAAAAUGUCCCUGCCCUCGCUGUGUGCCCCAGGGGCACAGCCCCGCCCUGCCAGGGAGGUGCCUCCCAUCAGACAGGCCAUCUCCUUCGGGGCUCUGAACUUCUCCAGCUGCACCAAGGCAGCUGCUGGCGAGCCCUGGGGUGCUGGGGGUGCCCCUCAGAAACGCUGCAGCUGGGAGCUGGAGCUGCAGCUGCCCCCAAAGGGAGCAGGCAGGAGGGCACCUGGUGCCAGAGCACCUCUGGCAUGGACUGUAUCGACCCCUCUGGGCCUGGGGCAGCGGGGAGAGGGCUGGGAAUGGGAUGCAGGGGAUGCCAAGCCUGUUUGGAGUCCCCAGUGGCCAAAAGGUCACUCGAGCUUCCAGGAUGGAUUUUCCCCUGUGGCCCUGAACCCCCCCAGACGAGCAGCAGAUGCCCCCUCAGGCCACAGGAAGCAGGGGCAAUGCCCUCACCCUUCCCUGUGCUCAGCAGAAGACCCCUACUUCUCAUCACUAUCUCCAGAGGAGCCUGUGUCCCCCGUGUUUCCCUUUCUGGGGGCGCAGGAUGAGCUCCUCCCUUCAUGCUCUGCCAGUGCCCCCCUACAGCCCAGCACAGCCAGCUCCCCAUCACCCCACCACGCUCCCCUGGACCAGGAGAGGAUCUGCUCCUCGGCCCCCCUGCCACAGCCUGAUGAUGAUGAUGAUGAUGAUGAUGAUGCUCCACCCCUGCCCCAGCGCACCCCCGAGUCCUUCAUUGUGGCCAGUGAGGCAGGGCAAUUUCCUCAGGCCACUCCGGAUUUCCAGAUUCCAGACAGAAAUCCAAAUAUUGGAACCUCCUGGGAGUGGAGUGGUGAGUCUCACUCAGAGGGGUUUCAUGACCCUGUGAGACUGAGACCAUGUAAGAGUGUGAAGCUUUGGAGCCCACGAACAGAGACAGCCCAGGAUGGCUCCAGUUCUCCUCCUCCGCUCCCUGAAAGAACCCCGGAGUCGUUUGUUCUCGCUGAGGCAGCAGGUCUCCAGCCUGCUGCAAGAAAUUCCUCGGGUCCUGCAGGUUUAGAGAACAAGGGCUCAGGAACAUCCUCCAAAGAUCUCAUUAAAUGUUUCAGGAGGAGCAAGAGCUUGAAAAUAUUGAAAAAUGUGAGAAAAAGCAUCUGCAAUCCAUCUUCACUGACAAAAUCAUCAGAACCUGCCCCAACAAACUCUCCGAGGUCUUUCCUUAACUUUGGCUUUGCAAAUCGAUUUUCAAAACCUAAAGGACCAAGAAAUCCACCCCCAGCAUGGAAUAUUUAGAUGUAUUUUACAGACUUGGCGCUGCAGAUUUGUGAAGUCAUCCUGAAAUACUUGGAAUGCCCAUCCCAGUGAAGCUUCCACCGAAAUAAACACAUCCAAAGCUGUUACACGGUAUUGGCAGCUCAGGCACUACUUGCACAUUCACUGAAUUUAAAACCGGAGCUUUAAAGUCAAGAAUGUAAAAGUACCAGCAGCUUUCCGUUAAUUCGCAGUGGGAUGGAAGGCAAACCUUGGAAUACAAGUUUUGUCCUAAGGAGGGGACAUAUUUUUGUCGUGUUUUGGAAUGUAAUCACUUCAAAAGGAUGGAUUUGAGCACAAACUGAUGAUGGGACCCAGUGAAGGCUCUGGGAUGAACUGGAAAGCCAACGGAGCAGAGAGAGGUGAUCAAGACCCUCUCUCACGUUUGUAGGUCUACUGCAAUCAAAGAUGCUGAAAUGUUUACAUUACUUCGACUACGAGGGAAUUAG